UUUGAUCAGUCCACAGAACUUCUCCUCCUAUUGGUCAGCCGCAGACGUCACCAAUUGCACCGACAUCGACGCCAUUGAGGUGUCAGCAGAGAAUGCAGCAGAGGUGGCGGUGCAGCUUGCCGCCAUCACCAACAACGAGCUAUCCAACGAGGAGGUGUCUAAAGUCGUGACAAAGGUGAAGCAGCUGGUCAACGUGGCGAAGAUCAACAGAACGCUGGCCUUCACCGUCGUCACCAUCAUCUCCAACGUCAUGACCAGCUCUGAGACGGCGCUCGCCGCCAACUCCGAGAAGGCUCUGAAGACCGUCGACAAGCUGGUUCAGAAAAUCGAGUUCGACAGUGCGUCCAUCAGCAUCACCUCCAGACACCUGGCGCUGGGCAUCUCCGCCCUCAACACCACCAUGUUCAACGGGACCUCCUUCAGCGCCUUCAUCGCUCCAAACUCCACCGACCCACAG